AUGACGAAGAAGAAUGUCGCCAUCUAUGGCCUCACUGCUGAGCACCAAGAUGAAGCUGACAAGGCAAAGAAGGAAUGGGAGAUCAAGUAUGAGAUCAUCGGGACACAGGACGUGUCCUUGGCCAAGCAUCUGGCAGAUCAAUCACUCUUUGCACCUGUGGUGAGUGAGCACAGCAACAAGAAGGCUUAUCCCAAUGGCAUGAUCCAACCUGCCUUGGCCUUCAUCCGCAGCAGUGACCGGGCGGUCAUUUUUAGCUGGGUUUGCAUCCCCAACAGGUCGAACAUAGGAGGUGCCACCUACAGGCCCAAGCCCCUGGAGGUUUGGCAGGCGGUGGCGCCCAAGUUGCAGGCGCCCAAAAGCGAGCUGCCGGUGUCGGCUGAGACCCUGGCCCUGUUUUGGUCGUUCUGGGUCGAUCGUGGAGUGAGCAAAAUGGGCUGUCAAGAUGGCAAGGACAGAGCUGGUGCAACCGCUGAGGUCAACUCUCCUUCACUGCAGGGAGGGCCUGCUUUCGCCGCCAUCGUUGCGCAGAGGUCUUCCAAUGAGACCGGCCUCGCAUUGACUGAUGUUGGCUUUUUGGGCCCGGAUGUGCUACUUGUGCAGGCUAGUGCUCAUGGAGUCGGUUGGCAUUAG